AUGUCGAACAGUUUAAUCGAAAUCCUUCAGAGGACCGUCUCGCAAAAUCCUCAAGAUCAGAAGCAGGCGCUUGACUUUCUACAAAGUGCAGCCGUCCAGAAUUUUCCCGAUUUUGUCAAAGAGCUCUCGAUUGUGCUCCAGUUGACAAAUGUGGAUCAAUUCGUGCGACAAGCUGCGGGUCUUCAGCUCAAGAAUGUUCUCUACUCAAAGGAAGACGUUAUCCGGGAUCAGUACCUCAAAAGAUGGCUGCAACUUCCAGCUGAGCACCGGGACACCGUCAAGAAGAAUUCCGUGUUGACGCUGGGUACAGAACGGAGUCGACCAUCAACAGCCGCUCAAUGUGUUGCAGCAAUCGCUUGUGCUGAAUUGCCUGUUGGAAUGUGGAAUGAUGUUAUUCAAUUUCUAAUGCAAGCAGUCACCGAUCCCAAUAGCAGCGAGGAGAAGAAAGAAGCUUGCCUUGAAACUCUUGGAUAUAUUUGCCACGAUAUUAAUCCACAGGUACUUGAAAGUCAAUCGAAUGAGAUUUUGACGGCAAUUGUCGCAGGAAUGCACAGCGGACAGACGAACAAUCACGUGAAGUUGGCGGCCACAAACGCUUUGUUGAACUCGUUAGAGUUUACAAGGCGAAACUUUGAGAAUCAGAAUGAGUGCAAUCAAAUUAUGCAAGUUGUCUGUGAAACGACACAAUCUGGAGAUGAUCAAGUGAAGGUCGCCUCUUUGCAAUGUUUGGUGAGGAUCAUGUCGCUUUACUAUCAACGAAUGGAAGCUUACAUGAAAGAUGCUCUGUUCCCGAUUACGGUUGAUGCAAUGCGAAAUCAGAAGUCGGAGGUGGCCCUUCAGGGAAUCGAGUUCUGGAGUUCUGUGUGUGAAGAAGAGAUUGCUCUGCAAGCUGAGGCUGAAGAGGCUCAAGAGAACAACCAAGUACCACAGCAGAUCUCUCGACACUACGCAAAGGGCGCUUGCAAGUAUUUGUCACCGAUUUUACUAGAGAAGCUUGCUCAACAAAAUGAGGACGAUGACGAGGAUGAAUGGACCCCAUCAAAGGCGGGCGGUGUUUGUGUAAUGUUGCUGGCUCAAUGCGUCGGCGAUACAAUCAUUGAAUGUGUGCUGCCUUGCCUCCAACAUUUCAGCAGCCCUAACUGGAAACACAAAGAAGCUGCAAUCAUGGCGUUCGGUUCUAUUCUCGAUGGGCCUGAUCCGGCAAAGUUGAACGAAUUGGUUUCACAAGCGAUCUCACCGCUGAUUCAGACGCUUAGUGAUGCAAAUGUGAAAGUACGUGAUACGGCUGCUUGGACAAUUGGGCGCGUUUGUGAGGCGUGCGGGGAAGUGGUGGCUCGACCGGAAGUGUUGCAAGUGCUUCUGCCCGUCAUGUACGGCGCGCUUGGGCAAGAACCACGGGUUGCUGCGAAUAUUUGCUGGGCGCUCGUCGCAUUGACCAAAUCCGCUUACGAGGAUGCUGCUGCUAAACACGGAACCGGUGCUGGUGGUCAACCCGAAACUUACUUGCUUUCUGGAUGCUUCCAAGAAAUGGUCACUGCUUUGAUUCGGACGUCGGAAAGACCCGACAGCAACCAAUCUAACCUCCGUUUGGCCGCCUAUGAGACAUUGAUGGAGUUGGUGAAGAACAGCCCAAUUGACUGCUACCCGUUUGUGCAACAAACGACUGGUACUCUUCUGCAAAAGCUGGAUCAAUUGCUGAUCAUGGAGCAACAAGCAACGGAUCAGAAUCAACGGGCACAAGUCAUUGAUUUACAAGCCCUUCUGUGCGCAACGCUGCAAUCGGUGCUGAGGAAGAUGAGGCCAGAGGAUGCGAAUCGGAUGAGCGAGCCAAUUCUUCGAGGAUUGAUCCAAAUUAUGGAGAGGAGCCAUGGACGAGCUGGAAACGUGAUGGAGGAGGCGUUGAUGGCCCUCGGAACUUUAAUCGAAUCACUUGGUCUUCAAUUUGUGCAGUACCUCCAACCGAUCAAACCCUACAUUCUGCAGGGCCUCCGACAUUUUGAGGACAACGCCGUUUGUGCCUCCGCCGUGGGAGUUGUAACCGAUCUUUGCCGGUCUCUUGAAGGACAAGUCUUGCCGAUUCUGGAUGAUAUUAUGGAACUUCUUGUUGCUUGCAUUCGUGAUCCUCGGCCUAGCCGUGAAGUGAAAGUGGCUGUGCUUAGUGUGUUUGGUGAUGUGGCCUUGGCAAUCGGGCUUGCUUUUCAACGAUACAUGCAACCAGUGAUGGAACUUUUGCACCAGGCUUGCUCCUCUGCCGUAAUCACAAAUGCUGAUGACAUCGAUCAAGUUGACUAUGUGCAUUCACUUCGGGAGAAUUCGGUGCUUGCCUACGCCGGAAUAUUGCAGGCUGUCAAAUCAGCUGCUGAUGCAGGAGCGUCGGCUGAGGUGGAUAACGCGAAAGUUUUUGUCAUGCAGCACCUACCCUACAUGGCCAAUCUCAUUCAUUUGAGUGCCGAGAAUCAGCCCGUUCAAUCGCCGGAUUCAGUGAUUGCCGCUGCAGCCGGACUGAUCGGGGACAUGGCCGGUCUUUAUGGAGCUGCCGUUGCACAAGUGCUUGACAUCAACAAGGUAAAUGCUCUGAUCAGCCGAGGUCGUCGCUCUCGGGCCGCCAAGACGAAAACCGUAUCGAACUGGGCCGCGAAAGAGCUCCGCAAAUGCAACUUCGCCUCCGCC